AUUUAUUAAAGCUUUGCUUGGAUUGUUAAGAUGGUUGCUACCAGAGUAACUCAAGUUGAUGAAAGAUUCACGUGUACAAUCAUUGUUUAUGUGCAUCUUUGAAUAUAUUGUUUGAAAAUGUAUCGUUAUUCUCCAUAAGUUUUAAGAUAGACGAAAACUUUUGAACUUGACUGUACGACAAAGAUAGAUUUCAGUAGUUGUACCUCUGUUUGAAAACGUCAUUGCUGAGCCGAAUGUGGCCGAAUGUUAGCUCGCGAAUGUAAUUUCCGUAAGUAGGCAAUCGUGAAACGUUGAGCGAAAGUGAUGAUAAGAGAAUAUCUGCAGUAAUGGCAUCGGCAUUGGAGCAAUUUGUAAAUAACGUUCGAACGCUUUCGAAGCAAGGCAAUUUUAGGGAACUGUAUGACAUCAUAAGUAAAAGCGUGGAGGUAUUAACGAAGAAUGGGCAGCACUUGGACAAUGUUUUGGAAACGUUGGAUCUGCAGCAACACUCGUUAGGUAUCCUGGCGGUGCUCUGCGCCAAAUUUUCGCUGCCCAUUCCUAACGGUGGAAGUAAUCCCGAUGCACAUAAACUCUUGUUCAAUCAAGUCCAGGAGUUUAUUAUCGGCUGUAAUGGAGAGCAAGUUAGAUUUGCACCCGAUACAUACGCAGACUUGUGUCACCUGUUUACACAGAGCUUAGUUGAGUCGAAAACACCGUUACGUGGAAUCGAAUUGUUACGCCGCUCCAUACGCAAGAUACAACUCUUCGACAGUCAGCUGACAUCGAUACACGCGGAUCUUUGCCAGUUGUGUCUUCUGUCCAAGUGUUUUAAACCGGCGCUCGAAUUUCUCGACAUAGAUGUCACCGGCAUUAGCCAGGAAGGAGGGCAAUUUGACUCGAAAUAUUUCCUAUUGUACUAUUAUUAUGGCGGCAUGAUAUAUACAGCAUUAAAGAAUUAUGAUCGGGCAUUAUAUUUCUUCGAAGUGUGCGUGACGACCCCCGCAAUGGCAGUUAGCUACAUCAUGCUGGAGGCCUACAAAAAGUACAUUUUGAUCUCGCUGAUAUUGCAUGGCAAAGUGUUAAAUCUGCCGAGAUAUACGAGCCAGGUGAUCAACAGAUACAUCAAGCCGUUGAGCCAGCAAUAUCAGGAACUGGCUACGGCCUACCUGGUUAAUAGCUGCGAAGAAGUACAGAACAAUAUCACCAAGUAUCAACAAGUAUUUGUGAGGGAUCACAACCUGGGACUUGUCAAACAGGUGCUCGCUUUCUUGUAUAAGAAAAAUAUACAAAGGCUCACCAAGACUUUCCUCACGCUUAGCCUAAGUGAUGUUGCGAGCAGAGUUCAGUUGUCGGGACCUGCCGAAGCGGAAAAAUACAUCUUGAACAUGAUUGAAGAUGGCGAAAUUUUUGCGACUAUUAAUCAAAAAGAUGGUAUGGUAGUAUUUCACGACGAUCCUGAAAAAUAUAAUUCACCGCAAAUGCUUGCAAAUUUUGAGAAGGAAAUGGCAGCCUGCACAGAACUAGAUAAACGAGUACUAGAGAUGGAAGAGGAAGUUGUCCUAACCCCACAAUACGUUCGAAAAGCUUGCGGGCAAAACGAUCAAGACGAUCAAGCCGCUGGACCUGCACCGACAAACGUCACAAACGCGCAAGGUCAAAUUAAACAAAAUACCUACUCUAUGUAACAGAUAUAUGUCGUUGUGUGUUAUCUUUAUUAAAAAUUAAUGAGAAAUCACAAAAAUCUUGUUGAGAGUCAAGACUUCAAUAUCUGAAAGCUUGUUUUUGGAAUAACGAUAGUAAUUAGGGAAAUAUUUUUGCGACUUGGGCAUCGCCUAUUUUGUAAACAAUUUAUGAAUAAGAAUUUUUUUAUACAUAUAUAAUAUAGGUUGAAUUAAGUUAUAACGAGGUACAUGUACAUAUACGUUACAGAGAUUUUAUUUUAUUAUUUAUAUAAUAGUACAGACUGAUGAGAUAUACUGUAAUAUUAUUAUUCACAAUUUAUCUUCGCAAAAUAGCAAUCGUACAAAAUCAUGUAUUUAUUAAAGUCUCUGUAACAUAUAACUUGAAACUAAGUUUAUACAUAUAAAUCCGUGAUGAUUCGUACGAAAUAGUUAGCUUCUUUGAAGUAAGCUUCUAACGUCAUGCCCAUUGUUGUUAUAAAAAAAUAAUAAAUGAUUCAUUUUGUACAAGAUA